UCCAGCAUCUGACAGCGAGCCGACUCCGGUAGUGCAACCGCAGACGCCACAGUCCCCUCCAUCCCGUCAGGACCCGCUGUUUUUUUUUUCUCUGACACACCGGUUGUCUGCUCCUCCCGGUAGUUCACACUCAUUCAGGUUAGCCUUGCACUCCUGCCUCUUGAGAAGUUACUUCGGUUAGACUCUUUUUUUUUUUUCUCUUCUUAACCCGGCAAGUUUUUAGUAGCAGCUAUACUGACGGGCGGAGCUGUCUUCUGUCUGUCCAGGAAUGAUAAAUGAUGGCCGGCUCUACAGCAGAGGAGAAAACCUUCCGACGGUUCCUGGAGCUCUUCCUCCGGGAGAUGAGAAUGCCUCUGCAGGAGAGCGACCCGGUGCCGAUGCGCCCCUUGUCGGACCUGGUGACGGAGGACGAGGUGGAGGGGGAAUGUCUCGACCUGUGUCUCCAACACCUCUACAAAUAUAACUGUCCAUGCUCCCUGGCCGCAGCCCUCGCCAGAGCCACAGCAGACAGCCUCCUGCAGACUGACCUCUCCAUCCACCACCUCACCAAGACCGUGGAAGAUGGAGCUGACCCAUUACCACAGAUCGAGUCUGUGAAGCUGGCCCGCCUGGUCUUCAACAGACUGUUUGACAUGUGCUGUCUGUGGCUGAAGGAUCUGCCCUACCGCCGCCGCCCACAGCCGUACUACGAAACGUCGAUACACGCCAUCAAGAACAUGAGGCGCAAGAUGGAGGACAAGCACGUCAUCAUCCCCGACUUCAACUCCCUCUUCAACAUUCAGGAUCUGGAGGAACAGGCUUACUUUGCUGUGUUUGACGGCCACGGCGGCGUUGACGCUGCCAUUUAUGCCGCCAACCAUCUUCACGUCAACUUAGUUAAGCAGGAGUCCUUCAACCAGGACCCGAUCGAGGCGCUCUGCAAAGCAUUCAAGGUCACAGACGAGCGUUUUGUGAAGAAGGCCUCCAGAGAGCACCUACGUUGCGGCACGACCGGCGUGGUGACGUUCCUGCGGGGCCGGACGUUGUAUGUGGCGUGGCUGGGAGACUCGCAGGUCAUUCUGGUCAGAAAAGAACAAGUUGUGGAGCUCAUGAAACCACAUAAACCAGACCGAGAGGAUGAGAAGCAGAGGAUCGAGGCUCUGGGAGGCUGUGUGAUCUGGUUUGGCACAUGGAGGGUUAACGGCAGUCUGUCUGUAUCCAGAGCAAUAGGUGACUCGGAGCAUAAACCCUACAUCUGUGGUGAUGCAGACCACGGUAUCUUCCCAUUCGACGGUACAGAGGACUACCUCAUUCUGGCCUGUGAUGGCUUCUGGGACACAGUGAAUCCAGACGAGGCGGUGCGGGUGGUCAGCGAUCACCUCCAGGAGAACAGCGGGGACACCACCAUGGUUGCCCACAAGCUGGUGGCGUCCGCCCGAGACGCAGGCUCUAGUGAUAACAUCACUGUCAUAGUGGUGUUCUUACGGGACCCGCGCUCCCCACUCCCCACCAGCACAGACGAGGAGGAGGGUGUGAUGGAAGGUGAGGUGGAGGAGGAGGAGGGGGCUGAGGUGGAAGAAGAGGGACAGGAAGGGGAGGAGGAAGAGGAGGAUGAGGCAGUCAGGGUAGAGCGUGAGGGUGGUGAGGCAGGCAGCACUGCGGACAUCGGGGGUAAGAAUCGCGGCGGCUGGCCCCUGCAGCAGUGCUCCGCCCCCGCUGACCUGGCCUACGAAGACCGAACAGACUCGUUCACGGACAGAACCAGCCUCAGCCUGCUGGGGCCGUCGCUGGAGGGCCGCAUCUCCCUGACCAGCAGCUCACGUCAGCUCAGCUCCUUCUUUAGCUCCAACAUCUUCACGACCUCCCAUAUCUACCGAGGGAAACGCCCACUGAGGCACAGGUCCUGUAUCCCCUUUCAUGAGCUCAACACCUCUAGCUUCACGGACCCGCUGUGGCCGCAGACAGCCAUGCUGUUAGGCCCUGCAGUGAGGCAAAGCCACAGGCCCGAUCAUGGUAGCCGCAGGCGGAGCCGGAGGUGGCCAGGCACAACCAAGGAGCUGUUAGGCCUGUUGCCAUCUGGCUACUUAGUGCCGCAAAUGCAGCGCUACUCCAACUGCAGGCCUGGGGUGGCAGUGCCUCACCUGCCCAACAAUGCCACCAUCUGAAGAGGUGACCCAGACCAAACCACCCCGUUCAUUACUUCAGUCCUGCUCCCUGCCCCUCAUCCCACUCGACAACCUCUGCCUUCAACAACACAUAUUUCUUUGAUAGUAGGUCGUUGUGGCUCCUGCAGUCCUUACGUUAUUAUUGAUUCUCUGUUGGAGGAAUGAUGCUCUCUGUCCUAAGCCAAAGUGUUUCCAAAUGUAAGCUGGCCCACUAAACACACGCCCUGCUCCUUAAUGUUUUAGGUAAAGUGUAAAACUGCAUCCUCUCCAUUGUGACCAUGUGAGCUGAAUGUGCAGGUUGAUGCGAUGUUUUCAGUAAUGACCAUAAUGUACCAACCUGCACUUCCAGCACUGAGUCUCUGUUGGACAACAGAAGAGGACAGAACAGAGAGGAAGGCAAAAGUUCAGUUGAUUUCAGUCUGAACCCAUGUUUCAUUCUAAUGCUUGGUUGUUCCACAACAACUUUAUGCACACAUUAUGUUUUUGUGAAAGACAAAGAGGUGUUGUAGGGCAAAAUUGUUGCUCUCGAGAAUCUGCAGAAACAAAACUAUCAGGACCGCUGAACAUUGAACCCAAAUGUGACAUCUGAACAUGAUUGAAUGUGGUGAAAUAACAGCCUACGCUCUUCUUGAUGGUUUUCAUUUAGACAUUAGAACUUGACAUCACCUUUUUAGCCACAACAGUGUUAGUAAGGUUGGUUUAAAGGGUAGAACUGGUAGUAAUUUGUGAGGUUUCAGCACAGAGAUGGAAUUUUUUAUGGAGUUAAAGGUCCCAGACUAAACCUCAAAAACUCCCCUCAGCCAGAAGUACACAAACUACUCCUGUGGCUUAUCACUGGAAAAAUGCAGUUACAUACAUGUUCUGCAUGUCCAAGAAAAUGGACAGCCCUCUUUUCUUACACUGAAUGUUGAUCAGGUUCAGGGUGAGGUUACACACACCAUCGUUUGUCUUGCUGUGAGAAUGUGGAACGACCAAGCAUUAGAUAAAAUGCUAAUGGACUAUAGCUUGCUUCUUUGCCCCCCUGACAAAUCCUUCGGUAACAGAUGAAUAAGGUUCAUGGAGGAGGCCUGAACAAUAGUCGGCUCCUGUUUUGUAAGACUGAAGGCACAUGCUGUUCUUCUCCGUCUCAUACAGUCAAUGCCCCAGCCAUUACACAGCCACAAUUUGUCUUCAGAUAAAAGCACUUACCAUCGGAUUAUAAAAGAUUAGCAGUCACUUACCUGAAUAAAUGCAUCAUGUAGUCCAGCAUCCAGAUGGAGACUCUCCUUAAUAACGUUUUGUUUGGAAGGAGGGGUAUUAAAAAUUGUUAUAGUUGAUAGUUUGGCCACAUACUGUAAUCACUGAAGGAAUUCCACGUGGAUUUAAGUUCUCUUAAAACUCAUUGAACGGGUAUUUUUUCCAGAAGGCUUGAUGAGUAAAACAAGUAAAUUGCAUCACAUAUGUGUUUCCACAGCCUCCCUCCUAAAUACAAUAUAAUUAUUAAGUAUGCAAUUCUUUUUAAAUAUCUCCAUAAAGGACAAGUCUAGAUUGUGUUUUCAGUCAGGUCAAAUUAGUAUCACUCUCUGACAUUUAUUACAUGAAUUUUAUUAGACUAGACAGUUUUGAUUAUUCAUUUAAAUGUGUUUUAUACCGAGAGUAAGAUGAGGAGAUUGACAACACCCUCAUGAUCUCACGCACGCUCUCUCGUUAUUACCUUUGGGCAGAGCUUGUUAGCUUAGCUCAGCAUAAAGACUGUUUUCAGUCUAUGCUAAGCUAAGCCAACGAGCUAUUUACAUGAAAAUGAUACCAACCUUCUCUUGCAGAAAGUGAGUAAGAUUCAUUGUAAAAAUGUCCUUUAAGAAUCAUUGUCUAUUGAGAUUAAAAACAAAACAAUCGUCACAUUAAGCCUGACGUAAGACAGCAGGCUUAUUAUCUGUCUGUAAAAAAGUUGAGGUUCAACAACUGUCUAAAACAAAGCAAAUCAUCCCAUCAUCACCAAAUACAUGAUAGCACCCUCUGUCAGAGUAAUCCACUGAAGCGGGCUCUAAUGGCCUCAAAGUGUUUUAUAAUUGAAUCUUUCUCUGAUAUGAUCCAGAUUUUCCAAUGGAGUGCCCCCGUUAUGUUGUCUAACACGUUGCUGAUAGUGUUAGUUAUGUAAGAAAGUCACAGGAAUGUUUAAAAUCCUCUUUAUACUCAAACUGCAUUCACUAAAAACACCUAGCCAAGUCUUAAAGAAAACUGUUUGACAUUGAUAUUUAUAGGUUUAAUGAAUCUGACACCAAAUAUGGAAGAUAGUCCCAAAUGAAGUGUUUCUAUAAUAACAACUGUGUAAUCAUCAAAUAUUUAUCCUCUUACUAAUGUAUGUGAUAAAAUAUCCUAGUUAACGUUGUGAGACUGAUUUGAAAAGACAUUACUUUUGAAUGUGUAACAUAAUAACAUUACUGUAUCUAACCAUACUUAAUGAUUAUUAACCAACGGUGCCACAUAAAUGAAUCAUAAGUACCCCUGACCCCUAUUCCCCAAAGUCCCCUCACUUUACGUUCUUAAAGUAACACAAUUGCCCUUUAUCAAUCAAUGUGUUUAAACUUCUUGAGUUACCCCGUUACUCUUUUAUUUAAUAUUCACUGACUGUUCUCUAAGCCCCGCCCACUUACGGUUGCUAUGCAGAUCUUAGAUUCUGUUCUUGCACAGCACAUUUCACGUUUGCAACAAAAUUUUGACAAAUUUGGGACUCAAACGUCAAAUGAAUUUCACCUUCGAUGUGUUAACUAUUCACACCAUGUCCAUCAAAGUAGCCUCACAUUUCCCCUGUCGUUAGCAUACUUGAUCAAAUUAGCUAGCUGGCUGAUUUACCAAAGCUCAAAGGGUUGGUUAAAAGAUCUGUGAUUUUUAAACAAGAUAACCUUUUUAAUGUAUCUUAAAUAUGCUGAAUACACAAUUCAUGCUACAUACUUGACAUGAAAUAAGGCUGAACAACAGAGGCAAAACAUCAAGGUUAGUUUAAAAGCUAGCAUCCUUACUAGCUAAUGAUUCACAGACGACGAGGAAGGCGUAGCAUUGUCUUUUAAUGAAGGUAGAGCUAGUUAUCAUCAGUACUUCAAACUACACGGUAUGAAAAGGAAAAAUACAAGAACAGAUUUAGCUUUGUCAUAACCCAGUUUGGACGCUAAGCUAAAGGAAACAAAUGGGGUUUGCUUUUUUUUUUGCUUUGACAAGCAGCGAAGCAAACACUAGGCUGAGGUUUCUAAAAUGUAAACUUCACAAAUCCGAACAGAGAAGCUAACAAUGCACUGGAUAACAUCAGGAUAUAGGAUUGGCUUCCAUGCUGUAGAUAAAUACUACACAGUUUAUGGAUGAGUUUAAUUUGGGGGUGAUUUCAAACACUACUUGAAUUUCACAAACAAAGUAAUGAUAUUCUGGUUGGCUCCUUAGUGCAGUUAGCUAGUUAGCUGGAAAUUUGGGUUUUUUUGCAGCUUAUGUUAAAGCAGACAAACACUGUUCAACCAAAAAAAUUUACCUUUUUACCCUUUUAUGUGGUAUUUUGGAGUUUGAAAGACCCUCAAAACUCAUUAUAUACCGUUUUUUUAAAAGUAUUACAUAACUGUCGUGCUUAGCAUAAUUGUUAACGUAAUUGGACAGUUAUUUUUUGGGGGUUGGGUUUACUGAACAGUCCUUUGAAUUGUUCCCAACAUUCCUAUACGUUAUGACAUUGAUGUUCGCCAUUGUUGGAGAUGCAAUGAUGUAGUGUUGAUGAUGCAAUACAUUUCCAAAUAUCAGAAGUUAUGUUUACGGCUGGGUUCUGAUAUUCAUUCCUCCAUUCUCCAGCCCUGAUCUCUUCCUGAUGAAACACCCACGAGGUGUGAUAUCAAAACCUUUUCCAAACUCCACCCCACUAGUUAUGAAGACUCAUCAACGCCCCCCCCCCCCCCCCCCCCCCCCCCAACCUCAGCCCACCCUGUUAACCAUCCUGUGGACCGACGAGUGAAGAGCAUCAGACUGCCAGUGGAGCAGAAUGUACCCCGUGUCCCAGAGCGUCCUCGGAGACUCGGUGAAGUGGGUCGACAUGAGGAGGCGUUUUCUUUGGGAGAUUUUACCUUUUCAUUUCGGGGGCUUCUGUCAAAGAGGAAUGUAGCCUACCGUCGAGACACUCGAAUAACUAAAGCCACUGGAUCCAUUUGUGGAAGUAACACGCCUCACUAUCUCUAAAAGUGCUUGUUGAUACCAGAAGAAGAUGAAGCAUUAAGAACAAUGGAAUCACUGUCAUUUCAUAUAUUCACUAAGGCACGGAAGCGUAUGUAUAUUAUGAGUCAUUAUUGUGAGUUGAGCAAGUGCUGGAGAAGUGUACAUAUAAUAAUUCUGUCUUGUAAAUCUGUGGUUUUAAUCCAUGCUCAACAAGGCCUGGCUGUUGGAAGAUAGUGACUUGAAACGGUCAGAUGUUGGACUGUCCCAAAUCUCCCACCAGCAAGAGGUGGAGAUGUGAUGUUGUUGAAUUGCUUUGGGGGGCAUCAGUCUAUUAACCCUGCCUCUGCCUUUAAGAGCUGCUAAAGUAUAUAAAAGGUGUUGAACCAGUCUGGCUUUCACUGGAGAGUUAUAGUGUCCUAUCGUGGUCUAGCUGCUGUUAAACCCUGCUUUCGUGCCCUGAUGUGAAUACAAAUCUGGGUGAAAAUAAACAUAAAGAUCAUAAAUAUCGGCUUAAGAUACUGUACCUCCAAUUUGCAGCUUCCAUUUUAAUUUUGUGUAUCAGUACCAGCCUUAAAACGAAAAACAUUUUGCCAAUCAAAUGAUAUCAGUAGCUUGUAGGUUUUCAUUCCAACUCUACAGAUGUUAGAGGAUUAGCGUAGACACGAGGAACACACGAGUGACUGAACGGCGUAAAUGACAGAUUUGAUCUUUAGCACGGAUCAUGAAGAAUGGUAAUCUUAAGCAGUGAUGCCACAGGGGAAACAGACAAUUCAUUCAGGAUCUUGUUUUAAUGACAAAGCUUCGGUUAUAGUCUUAAGCCAUAGUUAUAAACAACUUAGGUUGUUUGUGUAAGUUAUCUCGUUUACAUAAAAAAAAUUGCACAAAAGUCAAUGAUGGACCAAGUGGUGUAAAUCUCAGGACUUCCUUGGUUCUCCUUUUUGUUCAUCUGGUCUAUGAGAAGCUUUGAAAGUACCAUGCUGCUGUUUUACAGACUUUAACUUCUUUAGAGAUGUUGGGAUGGAUGCUUUAGAGUAAAACGAUUCUGAAUUUACCACCAGAGAGAGUUAUUGUCAUCCUAUUCCCUGCCAACAAAGAAUACAACAGUUAUGGAGGCAUCGACUGAUUCAUAGAGUCUCUGUUGGUUUUUGAGGCAUUAUCAGUAAGUGUAGACCAAAUGCUUCUUCACAAUACGACCAAUCACAGUAAUGAGACGUAUGACUUACUGUAGCGGUGAGCUGCUAGUCCACAAAGCUAAUUUCAACGUCCAGUUCAAAAAGAUUAGCCUCUAGUUCAAACAUAAAGUCUGGCCCUUAUUAGAUACAAAGAGAAGAUCAGCUUGACUUAAAGGUGUAAUAUGUGACUUUCAGAGCGUAUAUCCAGUAGAUGUUGCACUUUAGCACCAGUCUGUCAGACCAAAACAAAGCUGUCCCUUAGUGCACAGCUUCCCCUCCUCCACUGCCCCCCUCACUCAGUGAUCCAACCGAGUGCUCUUGUUUCUACGCCUGAUGUCUUUUCUCAUAUGUAGCCAAAAAGACGAUUCUUAUGUCUUUCAUUUUGGACCAAACAAAGUCUUCUCUUCGGCCCGUUGGAUCUCCCUCAGUUAUGCCUCUCCAAACAGCGAGCCUGAGUGUGAACACAGAGCUCACAACAACAAACCCAGAGGGAGUUUGACUUCACUCCUUUAGGAAGUCAUUACUCAGUGAUAUUUUUAGUUAGGAUAUAUUUGAUAUCAGCUUUAUUUAUGUGUAAAAUGUCGCAUAUUAUAUCUUUGAAUUGGUACAAAUCCAUCGAGUAUAGUUGAUGAGUUUUUUCAAUCGGGACAAAGCGGCGGCCUGACCGACAUAAAUGUCCCCUGAGGUUGUUUGACGACAAAAAAAAAAAAAAAAAGUGUUUUCUUCUUACAGUUUGACGAUUUGUCAUCAUAACAAGAUCUGUGAUUGUUUUUUGUUUUUUUUUGUAAAUGGUGGCUUUCACACUGUGGAGAUGUGCUCUGUAGAGACUGAAGCAUGUUGUACUUGUGUCCACACCUGAGAGCAGCUGUGCAGUGCAGCAGUAGUUCUCUGUCCUCUGUGAUUCACUGUCGAUCUCGUCACCUCACGGAUGUAGUGUCACAGCGGGUCGUCAGCAUUGCUCAGUGACGAGUGUGACAUCAUGGGGGGUUGCUUUCACCAAAUCCCUGUGAAAUAGUUCUAUACAGUGUUACUCAUCUUAUUGCAGAACCGCUAGAAGUUGUCACUGUAUGAGCAAUAAAAAAAAAUAAUAUUUACCAUCAUUCUUUGUGGUAAAUCAUCUACCUAAGCUCGUGAAACCCACGUCCCCCCACUCACGCUCUGCUUGCACUUAAGGUUCCUCUGAGUCCGAUGUUUCCCUCCCCUGAUGACGAAAGCAAAGCAGAAGUUCAGCUCUGCUCUCCCCAUAAUCACUGUCUAACUAUAGAGCCCUCCAUGAAUCUGCACUGUGUGUCUAUGUACACAAAAAAAAAAGCUUUUUCUUUCUCUCUGUAAGCAAUAAUGACGUUAUAUUAAAAGACACUCUGAGGGUUUGUCUUCUGCUGGAGGAUGCAACAGAAAUAGUUGUUCUGUCAGCCAUACUUGAAAGGUCACAGAGCAUCAAUAAUGAGGUCCUGAAGUCAGCGUCUCAUCCACCUCUCCCAUAGAGGAUUAGAUUAGGAGUGGUAAUGUGCUGCCUGUGGUAAGGUUCACUUAAGACACACAUUUUUUUUUUUUUGUUCAAAUGCCGAAUGAUCUUCACAUCCAGGGAAAAUGAAUGAGACGCUUUCUUCUUGUCAAUAAAGCGGACUUGUGAUAAGAGGCAGGACAUUUCAGUUUCUCUCUGCAUUCCUCAGCAGGUUUGUAACAUUUGAAACGAUCGGCUCACAUUAGUUCAAAUGUACGCAGGACAAAAAGACAAACCCCACGAUUGGCUCUUCAACAUGCAGGUUAGGUAACAAAAAAAACGGACAAAAAAAACAGUAAAAACACUCGUUGAGUACCUGUAAUAUCUGUGUUCCUGUAGUAUAUAAAUAUGUGUAAUGUAACUGGUGACUAAUUAUCAUGUAUAUAAAGAUUAGAACAAGUUG